AUGUAGUAUUAAUAAUUUUCUGAGAGUGAAUAAUAACAAAGUACAUUGAAUUUAGGGUUAUAUUAUUUAUUUUACAAUUCUGGUAGUGGAAGUGUAAAAGCUAAUCAAUUUUGUGUAUUGGAUGUAAAUUUGUUAUAAUAAUUUAGUGUGCAGAUAUAAAUUUAAAUGUAGAUGGUAAAGAAGUGUAAAUUAUGUUUUAUAGUAUUUAAAAUGUGGCUUCUAGAAAUUAAGGUUAUAAUAAAUUAAAAGAAGAUUUACGAUAAAGUAUUAUUUGAUAUAAUGUAGAUAAAAAAUAAAUACCAAUAGUUAUAGCAGGAGGAGAUGGUUCAAUGAUGUGGGUAAUUGAGUAAAUGAUAUCACAAAAUAUUGAUAUUAAUUAAAUAGUUAUUAUUCCAUUACCAUGCGGAACAGGAAAUGAUUUUUCAAAUGCUUUAGGUAUAAAUGUAACUAUAUAAAAUUUUAGGAUGGGAUACAGAUAUACCAGGGAACAUGUUAGAAAAUGAUUAUAGAAUUUUAAAAUAAUAUAUAAGAUGUUGGUAGAAAGGACAUUAAUGUUAUUUUGACAUUUGGGAUAUAACUAUAUAAACAUAAUAAGAUGGUUACUUUUAAGAAAUAAAGAAAAAUGAUAAAGGUUAUACCAAAUAAAGUGUUAAAGAUUUAGAUGGAAUGAAUAUGAAUAUUUUAGAAAAAAAGAUGUCAAAUUAUUUUAGUAUUGGAGUUGACGCUAGAAUCGGAUAUGGAUUUGAUAAAAAUAGAACUACUAAUAGACAUUUAAAUAAAAUUUGUUAUUGUUUAUAAGGAAUAUAAAAAAUGUUUUUAAAAAAUCCAAGAUUAAAUUAAGUUGUAGAAUUUGUUGAACAUUUUGUAAUUAUUCUAUCUAAAUCUAUUAGAGUCAUAAAGAAUAAAAAACUUUAUUUAAAACUAUUAAUUGUUAAGAAAAGAAUGCUUUAACUGUUCCAGGAAAUCCUGUUACACUUGUAUGUUUGAAUAUUAAUUCUUAUGCUGGUGGUAUUACAGAUAUUUGGAAAAACGGUAAAACACCAUAAGAAUUUUAAGAAAAGAAUAAAUUAUACUCUGAAAAAACAUCAUUCUCUGAUGGAUUAUUAGAAUUUAUUUCAUUUGAUUCUAUUGCUGGAAUUGGAUCUGAAAGGUUAAAUCUAAUUUAUUAAUAUUAAAUAGAGUAUUAGCUGGUAAUGCAACUAGAUUAGCUUAAACUAAUGGACCUUUAUAUAUUAAAUUUUAAGAAUCAGAUAAUAACAAUUCUGUAGUUAGUUAUAUCUAAAUUGAUGGACAAUAUUUUUCUAUUAUUAAUCCUUUGAGUGUAGAAAUAUAACCUUGUCGAUAAUUACCUUAAGGAAAAAUAAGAAUAUUAUUAAAAGAUUGA